AUGGGAAACGAAUCUUCGUCUCUGGUAAAAAUCCGAAAAACACACAAAGAAAAAAAUCAUCCAAUUAUAGUUGAAGGAGAAAAUGUCAAUAUAGAGCCCAUCUAUCGUAAACGAUCUAAGAGAGCAAUUAAUAAUACCAGAUAUAAUGCUGGAAUAGAAAACAAAUCUGCAAAACCUAAUGGUACUACUCAGCCAACAGCUACCUUAAACAGAAACUCAUCAGCAGAUUUAAUGGUAGUUGCUGCCUCACCGAGGUCUGACAUGCUUCUGGCUGCUCCUGUUUCUGAACGACAACGAAGUCGUAGUUUAUGCGCUGUUCAAAUGGAAAAAGAUACACAGACUAUGUCUGCAUGCCCUUCUCCAGCCCCAGCACCUAAGAAAGAAAAUGGACGUAAGACAUCGAAUGGUCUUGUGCCAUCUCUAAAUCGGAUGCGCAUUCAACAAUGUUAUAAAAUGGCAAAACCUGUUAUUGGUGAAGCCAUUUUGAAGCGGGCGGCUAGUUCAAGAGCGGAAUUGCGUGCUCUUUUUUCACGUCUUAAUGACGAACAGUUUGGUUUAAUGGCACGUCAAAUGUUUGAUUUAAUAGACGAUUCGGUAACAAACAUCGAUAAAGCAGAUGAGGUGCUACAGCAUGCUAAAGAGUUUGGAUCGACUUAUGCAGAUCUUUGUCCAUUUGGUUUCCGACCAGAUUUCUUUUCCCAUUUAGCCGAUGCUGCUAUAGCAGAAUGCGUAAAAUUAGAUGGAGGUGUCCAUAAAAGAUGUGACACACUGUUAGCAUGGUCUCAAUUAAUUGGAGCACUUUUCUCUUCAGUUCGUGACGGUUAUUAUCAAAGAGUUAGAUAUCAGCGCCGAUCUUCCUUGCCGCAACACACAAUUACCAAGCAGUUAUCCAUGGACAUCACUGCUACUAUUGCAACUCAGGAAUAG